AAAUAUGCAGUGUCAAAGUACAUUGACUCUUACAGAGUUAUUACUACAACAGUUGGAGUAAGAUACCGCCCAGUGUUGGUGAAAAAGUACGUUGUUAAAAGACGCAGUGUCAGACGUACUCUGGAAAGCUCCGCCCACCUACGACUCGUCUCAAACGGACCACACAUUUUCACGGCGCCAUUUUCUUCAUGUGGAAUGACUGCGAAUCUGUCUCCAUGGUGGCCUCUUCUGAGCAAUCCCAACCAUCAUCCCUUGAUACCUUGGACUCUGAGGAUACAGUCAUUAUUUCAGAUAGCCCCUCCAGAAAACGCCAGAGGCUGGAUACAGAAGCCAAGCAAUUGGUGGAAUCAGCUCUUACCAACAAAACCGGUGGGGAACGUAUAAUAAAUGAAUACAACCGAACCAAGUCCUUGACGGAUGAAACAAGACGCAAAAUGGUGAACAUGCUGGCAGCUGACAUGACAGAAAUGAAUGGGAGCAUUAUUAUGAUGGCGAGAGUGGAACUGGGUACUUGGCCUGGAGGAUUAAAACUAUUCAGAGAGGCACCGCCAAAGACAGGCGAUCAUCAUUCGGAGAAUCAGCCAAAGGAUCAACUGGUGAAGACAUGUCUGGAGGACCGACUGUCAGACGAGAAUCCCAGUUUGUUCCAGAGACUGCCCUGACUGAUGAUGAGUGCAACAAAGCAAUCUCACUGAUGAAACAUUCUGCUGAUGCAGACACAAUCAAGAAGAAAAUGGAACUGACGUUUGUGUAUCGCCGCAAAAUGAUCCUCGACCCCCAGCAGUCAAGCAACAUACUGUCUGAGUUUCCACGUUUUAAAGACGUCAAAAGCUUGGUUGAACAGGAUUUUGUUCUAAUGUUCGGAGAGGAUACCUCAAGCAAGCUUCUGGAAAGGUGGCCGGUCACGUUCAAGAAAAAGAUCAUCAAACAAUGCAGAAAGCUUCCAUCCACAAGUGAGCUUGAAGAACUCUUGCUGGCAGCUGAUCCUCCUGAGGAUGGCACUGAAUUGGAUGUUGACUUUGGUUGGGACAGUGAUCUGUCAUCGGUUUUACUGCUUAUACACCUGAUUCCACCCUCCGCUCAGGGUCGGAAGAGACCAGGAAAGGUUUCCGCAUCCCAAGCAGAGAAACAUCUUGUGGUAUUCAAGAAGACCGGAACAAACAUUCAAGAGCAUCUCGAUGCCAUCACUACUAGCGCUCAGCCCUAUCUCCUAGCUGUUGGAGUUAAGAAGAAUGCAAUCCACCAGUUCUUCAUCAUUAUCGACAAGAAUGCCAUACCUUGCAGGUCAACCUCUUCUCUUGUUGCUUUUGACGAACUAUUUAAGGCACAUUUUGUGUUUGGCACAUCCUACAACACCAUGCUCCACAACAUGUACACUUUCAUCCAAACUACAGUGUACAGCAUCGAUGCUGGCAAGGUCAAAGAGAGCCCUCGUGUUGCUGAAAUCAGGGCGAGGUUACUUCAUUAGUGCUUGAAGUUUCUCCUCGAACAUGAAGUGUUUUGUUUGUCAGGCUGAGUUAUCGAGUUCAAAUAUGCUUGUUAGGCAUUUACGAUUAGUUCACGGUUACUUGCCUGGAAAAAAAUCUCCGGCUUAAAUGUGCUCAGACUGGAUGUGGCUGUGCGUUUGGUACGUUUUCUGGUUUUAGGAAACAUUUAAACACAAAACACACUGAGUAUAUUGACCAACAGGUUGACCCUGAUGUUUAUUUAAGCAGCAUUGGAGAGGCAGUGACCACUAAUGUAGAGGAGACAGCUACAACGUCACGGACAGUUAAUGAACACGAGGUAGCCACAUCUACUCUGUUGAAAAAGUCCAACAGGAGCACUCUAGAUAUGUGUGCCUCUGCUGUUGCACAACUAAAAGCAGCUGGAUUAAGUCAAUCUACUGUAAAUAGUUUUGUUUCCUCCAUGGAAGAAGUGUUUUUUGAGAUUCAAAGUCAAGCUACAGAUGCAGCUUUGCAGUGCUUAUCUCCACAGGAAACUGAAAAUAAGAACAGAAUAGAACAAUCUUUGCAAAAGUUGGAAAACCCUUUCACACCCUUAAAUUCAGAAGCUAAACGAAAUAAACACUUCAAAGAGAAAUGGGGAAUCGUAGAACCUGUUGAAAAGGUGCUUGGCACAAGAUUUGACAGCAGAAGAAACAAAACAACUGGGACAUACGAUCAGGUCGUUGUAACUGACAAGUUUGCAUAUAUUCCUAUUUUAGAAACACUAAAGGCCAUUUUUCAAAACCCAGAACUUGCAGACAUGUUCAAGCCCAGGCACAUGCCCAAGGAAGGUGUGUAUGCAGACUUGAGAGAUGCCGCCUAUUUUAAAAAAGUCCCUUAUUCUCUAUAG